AUGUUCUUAUACUAUGAACUAUUAUUAUCAAUCCAUUUAAUUGUCCAAUUUUUUAUAAAGAAUAAUGACAGUUUUUCAGUAAAAUUCUUCGGAAAACCUGAAAAAGAAUUACCGUCAGAAGAUUUAUACUAUAAGUUCAAAUUUGAUAAUGAAAAUUUAGCUGAAUAUAAGGAAGAUUGUAGUUCAAUAGAACUAUCACCAAAAAAUGAUAAAGUUAUAGAACUUUGUAAAAGAGUUCUAAGAUAUUUAAAAACAACUUAUGCAAUAUCAGAUCACAAAAAUUCUGAUUACGACGUCUGCAUGCUUUUGAAUUAUUGGACAUACAACAGAUUAAAUGAAAUUUUUGGAUCCAAAGAUACUAAGAGUAUUUACCGGGCGUUUGCACAAAUCCAACUCAUAUGGAAUACUUAUAAUGAAAUUAAAUUAAAAGGGGUAACUUAUCCCAAAUGCGAACCAUAUUUUGAGAUACAUAGUGAACGAGAUUGGGAAAAAAGAAAGGAAUUUUGUGAAUACUGUCUGGAUUAUAAAACAGCUCAUACACUUGCUGGUGACUUUAAGGAUAAUUAUUGCCAGAAAUAUUAUGAAUACUUUGAAAAAAAAGCUGAGCUGUAUAAACAUUUUGAGCAAUAUUGUUCUACCUCUGAUAGAAAAGGGUGCCCAACUUUUUAUGAUAAAUGUGAGAAAUAUAACCCAAAAAAUUUUUUAGAUAAACUAAGUUGUCAUCCAGAAAUGCAGAAAAAAAAGGAAGAUGCUGCUGCUCUGGCUGCAAAAGCUAGACCUACACAACACGCCGAAUCAGCAGCUGGAGAACCCCAUUCAGGUUUAUCAACAGAUGAAGGAUCUCCUGAUUCCUCAUCGUUAAUGGGUGUCAGUCCUCGUAUUGCAAAACAAGCUGGCGAUGUUUUUCUGGGCGUAAUUGUGACUUCUAUGACUUCUGGCUUUUUGUACCGAGUAAGUACAAUUUAUUUUUACUACGUAACAGUAGUGUAA